AUGGCCUCUUCUUCAACCAACGGAAAUUUGUCUUCGAAUAACGUGGAAGGUAAUCACAGGCACCAUUCCGAAACCUGCUCAUAUGACACUGAUCAAGCCCGCGGUUUUGUUGCAAAAAAAUGUGCAAAAGCCAUACUGAACGAAGUUGAACCAGAAUUUGACCCUGAGAAAAGUGAGGUUUUGGAUUUCGCUUGCGGAAUCGGAUUGAUAUCUCAAGAAUUGUGUGCUCAUGUAAAAUCAAUCUUGGGCGUGGACAUAUCAAAAGACGUGGUUGAUGUUUAUAAUAAAAAAGUAUGGCAACAAGGAAUUGACAAAGAGGAAAUGCAAGCCGUGUGUUUGGAACUGAAAGAAUCUGAAGGUGAUCAGUUGAAUGGAAGAAGGUUUGAUGCUGUUGUGUGUGCGUCAUCUUAUCAUCACAUAGGCGACAUCAACUCUAUAACCAAAAUUCUAUCCAGCUAUCUUAAGCCGGGCGGUGAGUUAAUCGUAUUGGACUUAAAGAAGGAUCCAGAAACGUCACAUAAAUUUCACGGAAAGCACGGAUCUCAUGAUGUUGGCCAUACGGUGACUCACAGUGGUGGUUUUGAUCCUAUAGAGUUGGAAAAUGCUUUUAAGAAUACCGGGAUUAUCGAAGACGUGAGCGUUAAUGUGGCUUUUGAGUUUACGAAAUGGGUUGAGGGAGAAGAGCGAGAUUACGUUUUUGAGUACUUGAUAGCAAAGGGAAGAAGAAUUGCAGAGUAA